AACAACAUGAAAUUAUAUUAUGGCUUUUUAAUUUUUUUUACGUUUUACCUUAUUCAUAAUAAUUAUUUAAAACAAUUCCUAAUUGCUAACCUUGACAGUGCAGUAGGCCAGUAGAUAUAGAAGUGUACAAUCAUGUUUGCCAGCAACCUUCUGUAGUAAUUUAUAUAAUUAUAAAUCUAAUUUUUGUUGGGGAAAUUGUGAAUUGUAAUGGCCAGUGGUCCUAAUACUAUAGCUAUUCCUAUUUGUAGCGAUAUGGAGAAGAAAAAAUCACCACAAUUAAGCUUUAAAAGAAGAACAAUAGUAGCCAACUCUGAUUCGGUAAAUUAUUUAUAAUAUUUGAAAUCGUUUUAGUUAAAUUAAUAAUAUUUGAUUUUGAGUAUAGGAUGCUAGUGUAGACAGUAAUACACCUUCAAUAGAAUCAAAGGAAGAUGGUUUUACUUAUCAUAAAAGGAAACUUGGACGAGAACCUGGUAAUUUUAGUUUUUGGAUACUUAUUUGUUUAAGAUUUAUUUAUUUAUUUUUUUUUCAUUUGUAUUUGUAAAUGCUUAUGAGUACCUGUUUGAUUUUUAAAAGCAGAAUUUAUUAACCUUGUAUAACAAUAUUAUUAAUUUUGAUAGGAUCCAAAAAAGUCAUUCGCCGUGGUACAGAAUGGGAAAUAGUUGAAGGACUAAAAGAUGGCCAAAGAUAUGACAAAAAACCAGAACUCUUUAGAGGUUACUUACACAAAAAACGCAAAUGGCCACUAAAGGGAUGGCACAAGGUUUAAAAUUUUGUUUUAUUAGUGUCAUAUUAUUCAAUUAUUUUUAAUAUUUUUAAAUAUUAUUUUCAGCGUUAUUUUAUAUUAGAUAAAGGAAUUUUAAAAUAUGGAAAAAAUCCUCUUGACAUGUCUAAAGGUAAAAUUCAUGGUCAAGUUGACAUUGGAUUGUCAGUUAUAUCUACUAAAUACCAACGUAAACGAUUGGAUAUUGAUGCUGAAGAAUUUAUUUAUCAUUUAAAAGUAAGUACUUACCUACUUAAAAUAUAUAUUUUAUAAACUAAUUUUAUUUAGGUUAAUCUCCAUUAAGAAAUAAUUAAAAUUAUCUCUAGUAGUUAAUAUAUUUCGUAACUUAAAUUUUGAUUUGGUUAUUGAAAAUAAAAUAAUUUAAUUCCAGUUAUUAUAUUUCAAUAUUUUAUUUUAUUAGAAUAAACGCCAAGCGGCUUUUGAGAAAAAUAUUAGCAAUACAAAAUAACUUAACAUUAUAAUAUUUACAAUUUAUACAAAUUAGCCACUGGAAAAAAAAUGACAAUUGAAUUAAAAUUCAAAUAACAUAUAAACUUAAUGUUUAAUUAGUUUAACAAAUGAUAGAAAAAUAUCUAAAAUUAAAUAAUAAGUAAAAUAAAAUGUAAAAAUUGGCCAAUUUAGGUCAAUUUAAGUUGGCCAUAUUUUUAAUAUGAAUUAAAUAUGACUUGUGAAUAAAAAAUAAUUUGAAAUAAGGGAUAUUAUUUUAUGAGGAUAUUUUGUAUAUAGAAUAUUUGUAACGGGGAUAUUUUGGGUGUGAAUCAUACAAAUCUAUGUGCCCCAGUAAAAUUUUCAAUUAUACUGAAUUUUAUGUAAUAUUUGUUUGUAAUCAUUUUUACUUUAUUAGGUACUUUAGAAUAUACAGUUUUUAUCAUAUACUUUAAAUGUACAACAUUGUAUUUUGUACAGUUAAUAGACUUAUAAAUCUAUAGUAGUACCCAUAAAAUAACACUCCCAAAAUGAUAUUACAACAAUUUUUUUUUUUAUCCUUAUUCUAUUAUUAUAUACAAGGUGAUCCAUUUAACUAGGUACACUUAAUAUUGAUAUUUUCUAAAAAGUACUAUGUACUGAAUAUUUAUAUAAAAUAGUUACCUAUUACUAAAUUUUAAAAUCUAUUAUUUUUUUAUUCAUUGAAUUAUAGUUAAGAAUUUAUAAUUUAUAUUAUUAUCUAUAAAGGUGAUUUGAUACAAAUAUAAUGGCUAUUAUUUAAUAUUUAUUUAUAAAUUAAUAAUAUUUUUUAAUUUCAAUUUUUAUCUAUAUUAAUUAAUUUUAAUAUUACAUAUUAUUUGUUCUCAUGGCUGAUCCCAAAUAGUUAGGAUGAAGUUGAAGGAGAAGAAAAAAUUAUUUGUUCUUACAUGAACCACUAUUAUAAAACUUUAGGUUGCGAAGUCUACCUGAGAUUUUACAUUGUACUUUUUACCAAUUGAAUGUCAUUCAAUAAGUGUUCACAGUUUUUAAUUCACUUUGUCCACUUAAAUCGAGUAGGGUACAUUUUGAGGACACUAUGCUUGAUUAAUGUAGGAAAAAUUUGUGUUUUAUAAUAUUCAUACCUAUAUUACAUUGUACAUACCUUGGUUUUUACUUUAUCCGUUACAUAUGUAUAUACAUAAUGUAUAGAGUGAUUUUUAUUAUAAGCCAGUAAUUAUCACAGAAGAUUUAAACUGAAUUUGAUUACUGUUUUUUUUAAUCAUUUUGGAAUUGGUUAAGCUUUAUUUUGAAACAAUUUUUAAUUUUUUUCCUAACCUAACCAUUACAGUAUGUAGUUGCCAAUUAAUGGAUUCACUUUGUGACUAGACCAUUUGAGUCCUUAACCCAAUAGGCCCAUUCUUAUCAAUAUAAACUUUGAUUUUUACGUAGCUGAGAGCGGCCCUUAGUCUAAUAAAUACAAUAGGUAAUUUAAUUAAAUUUAAAAUAUUUAUUGAGAUUUCAGCUUAAUUAUACAAUGAUAUGUAUAAAAUAUGGAGAGGAAAAAAAUCUAAAAAAAAUUUAACAAAACCAAAGUGUAAACCACCUUUAUAUAUAUAUAUAUAUAUAUAUAUAUAUAUACAAGGUGGCCUAUAGUGUUAUCUGAAUGCUAAUAACUCUGACUAUAUGUAAACUGCAGUAUAAACAAAUUUUAUAUUAUACAAACUCGGCAAUUUAUUUCAUAUAAUUAUUAGGUAUACACUAUAUUGUAUAUAAAUAUAUACUGAUAGAAUGAUCGAUAAUGAUUGUAUGCUAUUUUGUAACAUGUAUGUAAUGUGGCUCGGCAAUCAAUUGUGGUGUCUGGUUCAUGAGUAUAUAUCAAAAAUGAUUUUUUUUUUUUGUUGUUCAAGACCAAUUUGGCCUUGAAUAUUUUAUUUGAAUAUUCCCACGUUUUCAUGCCUUUUUUUUUAUUUGUGUAUUAAUUUAAAAUUUUUUACUUAAUUGUGUGACAUUCUGACUGAAAAUUGUUUUAAGUUCCAUAUUACUAUAUGGCACUUAAUCUUAAGAUGUAUUUUCAUCUACUGAGGUCUUAGUACCAAGUAGUAUUAUCUCAAGUAAAGGAACUAAUAUUUAGUAUAUGUAAAAAUAAAUUUGGAUUACCUUAUCAAUUUAAUACAUUUUCGUUUAUUGUAUUGGUAUAUACCUAAUUACUUAUUAUUAAUAAAUUACCACAGUUUGUAUAAUGUAUCUUAUCAGUUUUGCCACAGCUUGUAUAGCGUUAAAUUUGUUUUGCAAAAGUUUACUAUCUCCCAUAACUGUCAAUAUUCAUUUUUUUUCUAAAGAGGGACACAAAUUACAUUUUUAUUUUCAUCCCUUAAUCAUUGAAAAAAUAUAAUUUUUUUUUUCACAUUUUAAAAUUUUCAAAAUACCCAAUUCGUAAAAUAUAUUAUUUUAAAAAUUUAAAUGUACCGUGUAUUCAUAUCUGAUCAAUAGUUUCUAAGUAAUAGCUGUUUUAAUAUUUAGAGAAAUGUGUGACACACGAGAUUACCACAUUACAGUGUCACACAAAAGCAAAUCAUAGUCAUAUAUUACAUGGUAAUAGAGAUAAAUAGUCUGAUAACGAAAUGUGAUUAUGAUAUGAUUCUUAUGCAAUUAUGAUCGGUUCAAAAUACAAAUAUAUCUGUGGUUCAAAGCAGAUUGUUAUCAUGAUCCACCUUAUUUAAAAUACACAGAUAAGAAAUAAUUUGAACCAGAUCACGGAUUAAGAUACAUCCCAGUCCAUUAUCUAGAUAUUUAUUUUUAUUAUGUUUAUUUUUUAGCCUAAUGACCACGCAUUAUGUAUAAUACACUUGUUUUUACAUAUUUUAAUUCAAAAACCUUGAAACUUGGUGUAUUUAUCUGUGUGAAAAUCAAAUUUUCUCCUACCGAAACCAUAAUUUAUGAUUUGGUGCAUUGUAUAUGUCUCUAAUUUGUGUUAUUUUGUUUGUUCAAAAACGUGUAAGUUCUAUAUCCUGUGUAGUUGAUCAAAUGAAAAAUGAAUAAAGGUGAUUAUGAAUAUUGAUAGUUAUUAGCAUUAAGAUAACACUGUAAGACACCUUACAUAAUAUAUAAUACUCAAAACUAAAUAUAAUUUAUUUUGUUUUGUAUAACAUGUUUACUUAAGAUUUAAUAUUUAUGUUUAGUAACAUAAUUAAAUUAAAUAGGUAGGUAUAGUACUAAUAUUAUUUUCCCGGGUAAAAUACAAGUUUAGUUAGUUUAAUUACAGUAAUUAUGUCACAAAAAUUGGUAUUCACUAAGAACAAUGUUGCUCUAUAAUUAAUAAUAAAAAAAUAUUUAAAUUCAAUAAUUUAUGUAAUUAAUUGUAUAAAUUAAAAUUGUAUUUUUAAACUAUGAUUUAAAAAAAUUGAAAACUCAUUUCUUCCUACUUAUGUGAUUGUAUAUAAAAUGUCAAUAACAAAUACAGCAAUUUUUAAUUUUCAAUGAUUGUAAAAUAACAGGCUUUACUUAAAUGAAUUAUUUCAAUAUUAAUCUAUUUAAGUAUUUAUUUUCUUUAAAUAUCUCAAUAACUAAUUCAAACAUUUCAUAAAAAUAAAACCAUAAGAAAUUUAAAACUAAAUAAAAUGUUUAUUUUAUUCAAAAUCUUCAAUUAAAAAAAUAAACUGGAAUAUUUAAUAUUAAUUUUCUAUUUUUUUAUUAUAAAAAUGUAUGAAUUAAUUUGUUCAUAAGAAAAAAACAGUUAAGUUUAUCUAUUAUUAUGUAUCUUAAUUUUAUAUAAUUUUUUUUUUUAUUUGUAGAAUAAAUAUAAAUAAGUUUAUAUAGAUAUUUAAUUUUUUAAUAUAAUUUUCUAAACAAAAUACAGACUAUUUCAGCUUACAAUGUCUAUUAUUUAUAUAUACAUAUAUAUAUAUAUAUAUAUAUAUAUAUAUACACACAUAAUUAUAGUUAAUUUUAAAGAGACUAUUUUAGCGUGUUGGAUAAAAUAAUGGUUUAAAGUUUAUCAGAAAUAUAAGAAAUCAGACCCAUUUCCUCCCAAAACUCAAGAACAAGUGAUACUCCCGGCUACAAGGGUGAGAUAAGACAUCUCAAUAUAAUGGCUCAAAAGGAUUUUUGUGUCACGGCACCGUGGGGCCGAGGAUUGUCAUGAAGGAGACUAACCUCCUUCGUCAGAAUGUUACGUCUUCGAUUUUGGAUAGCUCUACAAAAUGUUUUCAAAGUUUCACGGUAUAAAGUUGUAUUGAUAGUUGUGGUUAUUGUAAACUCAAUUAAAAGAAUCAUUUUCUCAUCCCAAAAAACCGUGACCAUGAUUUUUCGAGCAAACUGCGCCACUAAACUUAUUUUUUUUUCGAGUGACAAUUUUUCCAAUCCAGUGACUGUUAUUUUUAUUCAGGUGUGUUAAAUGGUUAGCCCUAGUUUCAUUACCCGUUACUAUAGAGUUCAGUUUCUCCUUAGCCAGCAUAUUGGACCAAAAAUUCUCGAGAAAUUUCAUUUUGGCGCUUACGGUACUCUGUCAACAUUUUUAGCACUCACCGAGCACAAAGUUUAGGAUAACCCAUUUCAUUUAAAAAUCUUUGAAUCGUGCUUUUUGACUGACAAUUUAAACCUUUGUUGAAGAUUUCUGUCACUCGUUGGCUUAAUGAGGCUCACUUUUAAGUUAUUACUUUAUUUCAUCUGAAAUCAAACUCCUUCGAUCAUAAAUUUCGUCUAAUCUGAAAAUUCUCUACACCACUUCCUCACAUUUUUUGCAGAUACGCAAGUCGUUCUGUGAAACGACUAUAGUUAUCGAGCAGUUUCCGAUGAAUGGAUAUCGAUGGUUUGCAAAUUGUUUAAGAAACGAAUAACAGUGCCAGUGAGUUCACACCUUGAGUUAAUAUAUUAUCUUAGUUCAUGGUUCACACCACGUAUGCACGGAAAGACAGGUGGCAGAAAUCGACGUAGAGACAUUCAUUCUAAAAGAUGUAAACUAAAAUUAAACAUUUGAUUGAAAUGGGCCCAUCGUUGCCAAAUAUGUCAGAACCGUAUGAAGACCUAAGUAUCAUACCUAAAAACAUUAAACAUAUAUGAGUAUACAUAUAUAUCUAGCUAAGUAAAAGUAAAAAGAUCUCGUGCCAACUUCUAUUUAACCUGUGUAAUUUUACAGAAAAUGGUCCGACCUCUUUGUAGCCUAAAAUAAUGGACCGAUUAUUCUUAAAUUUACACGGGUUCAUUAGUAUGUUAUGUAGAUGAUACUUUUGUAAAUUUCAUUUUAAUAUGCAACAGUAUUAGUAUAGUUUUUACUCAAAACGCUAUUUUUAUUAAAACUAUUUUACAAUGCAUAUCGUAUGUUGUACUUGUUGUUCCACCUGUUUGCGAUGAAUAAAAUACAAUUUUGUUUAUUUAUUUUAUCGUUGUAUUACUAUAAUUAUGUUUUCCAGCAACAUUCAUAAGCUAUAUUCAUAGUUAUACAUCAUAUAUUCAUUUACUCAAUCCAUAAAACAACAAAGAUAUUUUAUCCCCAUCAUUUUUCACUCGAAAAAAAAAAAACAGAUUAACUCUAUCCAAAAUUUUAAUAAAAAAAUUAGUGAUAUUCCAACAACCCCCAGUCAACUACGUAUAAAAACCUCGUUAAGAAAAAAAAAAACUCAAGUUUAAAAAGUCGUGAUAUCAAAAAGGGGCUAAUAAGAAUUUUUUUAAAAAAAAUUUUAUUUAAAAAAUAUAUUAAUAUAAAGUAUUAAUAAAGUGUUUUACAUAACAUUGUUUAUCAGCAACCUGAUAAUGGCGUAUGCCGAAACUAAUUAGUUGUGUAAUAAAACUUAUUAACACUUUGUCAAUACAUUUUUAAACAAAAAAUUUUUUUAUAUACAAUUAAAUAAAAGUGUCAAAAAAUCUCAAAUUUAUGAUUUCAUAAAGUCACUAGUAUAGGUGUAGAAAUUGUUUAUAAUUGUUUGUAUUUGAUAAUUUAAUACAAGUAAUUUAACUUAGCUUGGUGACCAUUCAUAGUAUGUAUUUAAAUAGUGUUAUGAUAUAAUGAAUAAAUUAUAAAAUGGAAUGUAAAUAUUCAUGUCGACAUUAUAUCUUUAUUAGAAGCCGCAAAGCUAAGUUAAAUUAUCGCACUUCAUCAAAUACAAACAAUUAUAAACAAUUUCUAUACUAGUAAAUUUAAGGAAUUACUUUCAAUAGUUUAAAAUCUUCUCUGCGAUAUACUCGUAUCAUUAAAAAGAAACUGCAUAACAAUUGGAUGGGUAGUUUCAGAGAUUAUUCGUUCUAAAAAAAAAUACCAUUUCAUAUUUAUAUAAAUAUACUGUAUGGUAGAUAGAGUUUUGUGCGCACUACGACAACUUUGUUCUCUACGAAUAAUUAAAAUGUGAACUUGUGUUUUUAUUGUAGAUUGUACAUAAGGUUCCGUAGAAGUAAGAAAAACAAUUUUUUUCUUUUACAUUUACAAUAUUUAUCAAUUCUCAAUAACACUUAUUAUCUCGUGAAGAAGGUAUUUAUUUAUUUGGAUUUUUUUUAACAGCUGUCCUGACCAACAUUUCCCGUGCCACUAUUGAAAAAAAAAUGUUAGAUGGAAAAAGGGUGGUUCGGCUCAGUCAGUAGCAGAUUCAGGGGGGAGGCAACGGGGUCAUUUACUCCCCCAAACACCGUAGUAGAGUAGUAUGUUUUGAUUCACAGUCUUAUAAUUUACUAUUUUUAGCACUAUAUUUAAACUUUUGCCGUCCCUCCUCCCAAUGUGAGUUCUGGUUUCGACUAACUAAAAGUGUGUUGUGGGUAACCCAUAAAUCAACAAAAAUAAUUUUGUUUUCGUACCACAAAUACCCAAAACCGAAUUUUGGGAUUUUGUUUUCCACAUGAAGUGGAUUUAAAUAGCUAUAAACCUUCUUCAAACAACGCAGACCAUUUUACAAAAAAAACAGCAUAAAAAUCAGUCCAUUAGUCGAGAAGGGAUUCAUUCAAUUGAAUUUUUCUUUGAAUUUGUGUGCAUUGAAGUAAAAUAUUUGAGUACGAACAUGAAUUUAUUGAAAUUAAAUAAAUCGGAAUUCAUUGUUUUAUCAAUCAUUUGUAUCAACAAAUAUUUUUCAUGCAUUUACCGUACACUUAAUGAUGUACAAUAUUUUUUUGUCUGUCUAUCUGGAGAGAAAACGAAUUUUACCGAUGGUUUAUAGACGUUCAAGUACGACAUGUACAACUGAUUAUGGGAAAAACGCGGCAAUUCAAUUUUAUUUCACACACUUCUCACAUUUGGUCUUGCGAUUUAUUAAUUGUCAUCAUGAACGCAAGGCGAACAGAAACUGUACACUCUUAAAUUGAAACGGCAAGUCUAUUGGAAUCAGAACAUCCUCGCCUUUGAACUUUCCUUUGAUUAUCAUUACUUAAAUCACGUUGUUCAUCAACUUCAUAACAGUGAGUCUUGUUCCAUUGCAUAGUUUCGGUUGGUUCAGAUUAUACGUAAAAUGUAUAUCAAUUUGUGAUCAGCAAUCAAUGGUGGCAACAAUGCUCCUGUACGAUGGUGAAUUUAACUUUGAAUCUAUAGAAUCGUCUGUUUUGUCGACGUUCUAAAUUAUUUUGUGCAUAAGUUCCAACUGAGUGAUUCGAACUCGACCGGUUUCGUUGUUCUGGAAUCAUAAUGGAUCGCGCUUGAAAAAUACUUCUUUGAUUUACUUCCAAACGUUAUCCGCGCUCUUCGUAAAUCUAUCAUUGAAUCAACGAUGAAGUUGUUUGCUUUACGCGUACGUCGACUGAUAUUUCAACCCUUCAUUGGUGGCUGUUUUUCUAAAGAAAUAAUUCAUGAACUGAAACACAUUAAAUUAUUACGAACGUUGCAACCCACCAAAUUAAAGAAUUUUAUAAUUUUGAAUACACCAAAGAUAUGAUAACCACCGAUAACACACUGAACUAUCACUUUCAAUUCAAUUAUUUUCGCAAAUUAUCAAUAUGUAUGUAUUUAUAUACAUUUUUUGUUAUGGAAACAUUAGACAGCAAAACUGAAUGUCAAUCGAAACAUUUUUAUUGAUUUCCGAGUUACCUUGGUGAUACGGGUGAAAUAAAACUAAAAAUAAAAAAAAAUAAAAAAUUUGCCAUUUAUAUUUUUUAUAAAUAAUUAAAAAAACUAAUAGUUGUCACGAGGAUUCGCACAGCAAACAGUACAGUUGCUGUAGAACUGCAUACAUAGUUCACUGUAUUUCAUUAUGUAAUAAUAUAUAUUUAUAUCAACUUGUUAUUGUUAUGAAAAUAUGUGGUAAUAGAACAGAACGUUACAUUUUUAGAUUCCGAGCGUAGCGAAGGAGCUAUUGGUUUUAAUAAGAUGUUUUAUUUUUUUUUUUUCUUUGUUCUAGUCUGUCGACGCGGUUUUUCUUAGUAAAUUUGCAUUAAUUUUUACGCGUAGCAACUCUUCUGAAAACUCUAAAUGUCUAAUGGUACUUUACAAAAGUCAUUUUUUAAAUAAAAGCACCUAAGUGGAGAAAAACGUACAAUUUCACGAUUUCAUUAUUUUAUAAAAACACGAACGACGUUUUCUACCAGGAAAAAUGAUUUAAUCGAAAAAUCAAAAGAUACCUUUUUUAUUGCCUUUUUGAUUUAAUUUCUAACGGUAUCAUCGCCAAAACUUUUGAGCUUUUAAAAAUGUUCAAUUUUUAGUAGUUUUUUGUUGUAAUUCGGUUAUACAUAUACCUAGAGACUUGAAACUUGGUAAUAAUACUUAUAUUGAAUUUAUCUAGACGUGGUAAAAUUUCCAAAAUCAUCAGACGACUUUUUUUUUAUUAGCGUUUUGAAAUUUAAACGAAAUCGCAAAAAAUUAUGUAUUACCGAAAUGUGCUCGGAAUUUUCUUUCUUCGAGGAAUGGUUUAUCGUUGCUUACAGAUAUAAAUGAAAAACCUUAUGUAUCCUACCUUCCCGACUGUUCACCUAUAACAAUGGCCGCUCCCAUCCUUAGUAUCGGGUCUUCUUUUUUUUUUAUUGAGAUUUUCAUACGAAAAUACCAUUUAAAUUGUCGACCACGAUUUUUUUUCAUUCAAAUUUUGCCCUCACAAUUACGAGCACAAUAAAAAAAUAACGAAAAACGAUUUGAAUCAAUGUUCGGUUAUACAUUUUUUAAAACUUCGUAAUAUUUACGAUUUUCUUCAAAAUUUGAUAUUUAAUGUUUUUAUUUCUUGACUAUUAUGCACGACUUUUUUCAAGUAUUCCUAUUUAGUCUAACAAUUUUAUUUACAGAGUACCUACUAAAUAAUAUAUGCAUAAAAACAAACAAAAUGGAAAUUUUUAUAAAUAGCUCAAAAGUUUUAAAAAUUGGAUUACAAUAAAAAAGUAAAAAUUAAAAAAAAAAGACUGAUAUACUUCGCAAGUGGGUGCAGCCACUAUUGUAGAUUGGAAGGUAGGAUACAGACGGGAAUUUAAUGUAUAUCUGUAAGCAACGAUAAACUAUUGCUAACUUCAAAAACGAUUCUGAGCGGAGUUCAUUUGAUUAGUAGUGCUUUGUCAACAAUACAAUAUAUAGUAUAUAUGCCUUAUUAUGGUAAAAUGAUGUGCGUUCCCAUGACAACAAUGAUUGUUUAAUAAAGAUUAAAAUAAUAAAAACUUAAUAAUAAUAAAAAAUAAAUAGAAACGGUUGCCAAUAACAACCUUAUUUUUAAUCUUUCAAUCUUUUUUAACCUGAAGUAAUAAAUAAGAAGACCUAUGUUUUCCUCAUUAUCUCGAAUAUUAAUAAGAAUUUCAAAAAUUGCCCUCUCUAAAGUACCACCCAUAGAAAAUUUCGUUUAGUUUCGGAAAAGUUAAAAAAAAAAUAAUUUGUAUAGUUUGUUUUGUUCUUUCUACGAUUUUUUUUCUAUUUCGCCUAAUUAAUAAAAAAAACUACAGAGAAAAUCAAAAAUCGACUUUCUUACUCCCUAUGUUGUUUUUUUGUUGGAGCAAUAUUUCUGGUAGAUAACAAACCCUAAAAAUUUAGAAUUAAUAAAUCGUUUUGCCGUAAUUAUUUGUUUGUUUGUCUCGUCAUUUUUCUUUCGGUAUUUUCAAUUGUUAUUAUUAUUAUUGUACACAGUAUAUUUAUAUAAAAAAAUAAUAAUAAUAAUAAAACAAUUGUAAAACCAAUGCAUUCCUCCCUACGUUCUGAAUCUAAAUAUCAGUCGAAUCGGUCGAGCCGUUUUCAAGUGAUGAAUUUUUAUACAUGUUGUGAUUGAUUUUUAUUUAUGUAUGGUAAAUAAAAGUUUUUCUUCGUGUGAGGGAAUCAGAAAAUUCCUUUUUGAAGUUUAAUAAUCACACAAAAUCACCCGGCAAAAUAUUCGUUGGAAUAUUAUUAAACAUCUACUAAUGGGUUAAUAUGAUUACAAUUUAUAAUUUACUAAGUAUAGCUACACUGAUCUUGGGUUAUAAAAGUUGUAAUUUAGAGUAUAAACCUUCCGGUCACUGUCAUUUACAGUAUUUUUUGGAAAUUCACUAACAUGUGUCAACUGGAAUGCCAACUUACUGGUGUUUAUCGUUUAUAAUUCCAGCUACUGGUAGGAGUCCGAAGCCUUCUCCAACAGUUGAUAAGAAAAAAAAAAAUUCAUGCCGAAAAACCGGAAAAAAAAAUUUAAAAAAUGUUUUCAUAAUAUGUUUGGAUCAGUAAACAUGUAUUUUAUUGUAUAUAUUACAUUCCUAUCGUUGUGUGAUAAGUUUACCUACUUAACCUGUUUAAUUAUAUUAAGUAGUAAAGUAUAAUUUAUAAAGCAUUGCAGUGAUGACAUACAAACAACCAUAAUCUUCAGAUUGUGGACUUUUUAUUUUAAUUUGUAUGAUGUAUAGACAUACAUCAUACAAAGAUGUCUAUCUUUUUUGAUAUGAAAUAACUUACCACAUAAUUUGAAAUAAUUUAAAUAAUUAUUUUUUUCAUUAACUGAUGUAAGAGAAAAGUUCAACAAAUUCUUAUUAAAAUUACAAAAAUAAAAUGAUAACAUGUUAGGUAAUAUUUUAUUCUUAUUAAGUCUAUGAUAUGAAUACAUAAAUUGUUGGAUUGAUUGGUGGGAUUUUAGGGUUUCAAGAUUGGUAAACCUGAUUUCAAUUUGUUUCUUUUCUUUUAUAGGUUGUCGGAGAACACACCCUAACCCCUACUGGGGAUGCGAUUGUCAUGUCCCAAUCAGUGGAUUAUAACAAUUUUAGAUACAAUUUGUUGUAAACUGAUGCAUGAUUGUAAUUAUCUUCAUCAGUAACUCAAAUUGAUCUGGUAUCACACUGAUCACCAAUUUGAAUUUUGUAUGGUCAUUGUUGUCUAAUUCUAGUAUAAUCGUCUCUGAUGCCCUAUAUUUCUUUUUGCCCAUCCAAACCAUAUUUUUUUUCUAUUCUCUCAUAUAUUUUUCUAAUAGCUGGUCAUACACUCGCAUAAAACUAUUGAAAUAGAACUUAUUGAUUGAUUCUUGAACUGUGAUUUUGUAUUUUGUUUCUGCCAUAACGAUAGUUAAUAAUUAUUCAAGUAGGAUUUCAAAUCUUAGAUCUCAGAUUAAAAUAGAAUAACAAAAUUGAUACUUAAUACACAACACAGAAUUUCGUUGUGGCGGUGUAGUGGAAGGGGUAAGUCAACGUAGAACAGAUGGAAACGUAGAUGAAUAACUGGCGUGAAACGUUUGCAAGUUACCAGUGGCUGGUAUUUUAUAAUUAACAACCUCGCCUUAACUGAUACUUCAACUGGCACCGUUCAAUCAAGUCUGAUUUACGACCUUUACUUUUGGGACAGGCCUCACAUAAGCAGGUGUGAUUGAAGUGAUACAAUUUGGCUAGUAUUCACGAAUUAAGAUAUAUAUUUACUAAGGUAUAUCUUAAUCUGUAGUAGUACCUAUUUCAAUAUAAAUUUCACAAUUAUUUUUGUGGAGUGUUUUUUUUUUUUUAGCUUUAAACGCCUCUACAGCUCAGCUAAAUGAGGGUAAUAAAAUAUGUAUAUUAUGCUUAGCGUUAAUUUUUUUUUUUACUAUGAAUCAUAUGUGACAAAUCAAUUUUUUGAGUCUAAAUUGUAUAAAUAAAAUAAAUAAUAACAAUAUUAUAAUUGCUAGGGCAACAUAUAUAAUUAUUUUAUAUUGCAUGGCUCCAUACUCUGCUAUCUUGCAUUUGGGUGGACAGUUGUUAAAGAUUAGAAGGUAUGCCAUUAUGUAGACCUCUCUAUAAUUUCAAUUCGUGUCUUCCUUGUUGAUUAUUUCUCAUUUUCUCAGGUUCUUACUCAUACAGUCAAAUUCGCUUAUAACGAUGCCGUAUAUAACGAUAUUCCAGGUAAAACGAUUCCAAACAAUGUAUUUGGUUGGUUUUAUAUGUUAUGUAUAGUACUUUUAUUCUUAUAUAACGAUAUCGGUUAUAACGAUAAUCCGGAUAUAGCGAUUUAUUUUGAAACGAAAACUGAUUUUUUUAAUCGCCUUUAGCAAUAUGAUUUCGUUGGAAGCGAUAAUUCUUAAUCUUAUCUGUAACAGAUAAUAUGUCUUGUACGACCGUAUUGUAUACGGCAUACGUUUCUUAGUCGCCAUUUUGAUUGAUAUCCGUUUAUACGUUCCGUAUAAGUUAAAAAUGUCAAAUAAAAGACGACGUUGUUUCACUAUCGUUGAAAAAGUGAAAAUAAUUGAACGUUUAGGAAAUGGUGUUUCUAAUAAAGAUCUUUGCCAAGAGCUGGGAAUCAGUCAAUCAACACUAUCUACCAAUAAAUGGUCCGAUACUUCAACAAAAAGCGACCGAAUUCGGGAAGCGUUUUAAUAAAAUAUAUUUUCAAUGUUCUUCUUUUUGGAUUACCCGUUUUCGUCAGACACAAUAUCGUUUUUGGAAAAAUAAGCGGAGAAUCGGCAAGCGUUCCUGUUGGUGUUUCGGAAAAUUGGCUGGAACACGUUUGGCCUAAUUUGCGUAAAAAUUAUGCAGAUUGUGACAUUUAUAAUUCUGAUAAAACCGGAUUGUUAUAUCGUCUAACACCGUCUCAAACAUUACGUUUUAAAGGGGAAACAUGCAGUGGUGGUAAAUUAUCUAAAGAGCGAUUCACGAUUCUUGUAGCCUCUAAUAUGACAAAAAAAAACUGUUGGUAAUUGGAAAAUCUAAGACUCCGAGAUGUUUUAAAAAUGUCGAAAACUUGACAGUCACCUACAAAAGCAAUAAAAAAGCAUGGAUAACUGGAGACAUAUUUUCUGACUUGUUAAAAGAAUGGGAUAAACAACUGACAAAGGAAAAACGGCAUAUCCUAUUGACUGUAGAUAAUUGUCCGGCUCAUCCUCCUAUUCAAAAUAUCAAAUUCAUAAAGUUGAUUUUUCUCCCUCCAAACACGAUCUCUGUAUUACAACCUAUGGAUCAAGGUAUUAUCAAAGCUUUAAAAGUAAAAUUUCGGAAAAAACUAGUACUCAACAUUAUUAAUCAAGAGGAACAGGGAAAAGAUAUUAAAAUUUCAGUAUUAGAUGCAAUUUUAAUGAUCUCCGAUGCAUGGAAUGAUGUUUCUACCACUACAAUAAGGAACUGUUUCUACCACGCUGGAUUCAAGGCUUCGGUCGGUAAAUGAAAAAACAGAGAAAGAAAUAGUAAGUGAUAAUAAUUUGGACAUAGAGUGCUUUUCUGAAGAAAACUUACAAAGUUUUGCGGAGGUUGACGAUGCUCUUUUGACCAACGAAGAAGAAAUGUUAAGUCUAUUUUGAAUGUAAAUGAUGAUAAAAGUGAACAAGCUGACGAAGAGAGCGAAGAAAAAAAAUUUAAAAUACCAUCUAUUUCAGAAAUGUAUUUUUAUAUUGAUCAGGUGCGUACUUAUGUUUCGAUAAACAGUGAUAUAAAUACAUACUGUACGUCAGAAGUAUCAAUGGCAUUAAACAAUAUUUCUAAUUUUGUUAAAAAAUCUUAUUCAAAUUAUAAAUAAACCACUAUAAUAGAUUAUUUUUCAAAAAAAUCGUAAACAUAUACUAUAUGUACUUUUGUUAAAAAUUCUGCAGUAAAAAAUUUGUUUAAUAAAUCAAUUUUUCAAAAAAAUCAAGUUACUUUUUAUAAUCCAGAUAUAACGAAGUUCGGUUAUAACAAUCAGAUUCCCUAGGUUCCUUAAAGAUCGUUAUAAGCGAAUUUGACUGUAUAUCUAACUCUUGUGCAUAUGCGGUUUAAAGUCCUUCAGAUGUACAUUUAUUAUAUCCCGGGGGUUAUUUUUCCUUGACUUUUUGCUUAUUCUAAUCUUACCAUAAUUUUAAUUUUAGUCUGUGGAUUGUUUUCUAGUUUCUUUGUACAUUUUAGGAAGCUUCUUCUUAACUUUAUCCGGUAAGUUUCAUCAUGCGUAAUAGUAUACAUUGGGUACCUUUCAUUAGAGAUAUAUGUGAAAUUUGUUUCAUUCGUUAAAUUUCACUAGCGAUUUAUCUGUAUAUAUGUGAUGGCGAUAUUUUUGUUAGAGGAUAAAUUUCUCCACUGAUGUUGGCUUUAAACAGUCUAUAAUAAUGCUGGAAUUCUGACUAUUUCGAAAUAAGCUUCCCAUUUUGAGUAAUAAAGUAUUUCAAUUGCAUAUUUUCCGUUUUAAAACAAAAUAAUGGUCCUUGCAGGUGAAUGAUCUAUCAAGGGGAACACCUAGGCAGUUUUAGAGAGUGUAUUAAUUUUUGUUUUUAUCACAAAUUGUAUAAUCCUUAAUUGCUUCAUUAAAUAAUAGAUUAAUUAAUCUAUAGUUUUAUUUGUAUAAGUAAUAGAUAAUUGUUGUAAGUACUGUUGUAUAAAAGGACCAUGAGUGAUUUUAAUAUUUUAUGUCGAGUACUGUCGCCUUUUAUAGAGACUUUUUUCUACACUGUGUUGUCUACACUUUGUACCACCAAGUAAUAAGUGAUAUCAGAUUAUUGUAUUAAAUCAUUUUGAGUUGAAUAUGAUAUGAGAGAAACGGCUAAUAACGUAUACAAUUUACUUAUGUCAUUUACUUAUUUGGUAUGAGUUUUUAUUUGAUAAAACAUUUUGAAAUUGUAAAUUAUUAAAUAUUUUAAAAUGUUUUCAAAACAAGCAAGGGGUGAAUUUUUCAGUAAUUGAGGGCAAGGAAUAAAGGUCUGAAGUUGUAAAGAGUGGUGGAUAAAAAUAAGUGGGUGAGGAAGGGGUGGCAUUAAAAUUGUUUCUAUCCGGGGUGCAUGUAUUCCAAAUGUACCACUACCUAGAAAUAAUUUACUUUAAUAUGAGAGAUUAUUUAAAAUGAGUUAUUCUUAGACAUAGAUAUGUUAAGAAAUAUAAAUUAUUUGGUUAUUAUUUAUUAUCUAUAAUAUAUUAAUGUAAAAUAUUAUUAUAAUUAUUUAUCAUUCUUUCAUUGUGUAUGUGUAAUUCUUCUAAAACUAAAAUAAUGUAAAUGUUAUUUUGGGUAUUUAAUAUUUCUAAGUCUUUAUUAAUAUCAAAACUUAUAUUAUGGUAAUUUUCUAAAACAUAUAUGUUUAGCGACAUUUGAAUUGGAGGGUGGUCUUUUAGUUUUAUUUUAGAAAUGUUUUCUUUACAUCUCAUUUUAAAAUGUCUAUUUGCCUUACCUAUAUAAAAUUUAUUACAGUUACAUUUAAAUUUAUAUAUACCAGCAUUCUCAAAAAAGGGGAAUUUGUUUAGUUUUAGUUUUUUAGUUAUUUUUAGUUUAAUUUUUUAUGGUUUGUUUAUAUGUUUAAUUAAACUAUUAUUAGUCUAAAAACAAUGUUUACAUUAUUUAUAUUAUUGUUCAGAAUAUUAGAGAAUUUCUUAGACAUAUUAUUUUAAUAUUUAAUUCUACAAUAGUUAACAACUUUAUUUGGUGAGUUGUGUUAUUUUCUUUUCUUUAAUACGUUUAUGAAUUUUUUUAAUAGUAUUUAAAUUGAAAUUAUUUCUAUAAUUAUUUCUGUUAUUUUUUUAACUAAUUUUAAAAAAAAUAUCUUAUAUCAAUAUAUUUUAGAUAACAAAUAAUAACCAAAUAAUUUAUAUUUCUUAACAUAUCUAUGUCUGAUAACUCAUUUUAAAUAAUCAUUUCUAUUAAAAUAAAUUAUUUCCAUGUAAAACGACCAAUUUGUAUAAUUUUUUCUUUAUGUAUUCCUUUGUUUAUUUUUAGAUUCUGAGUGUACCGAGAAAUAUUGGUUUUAUUAAAAUGUUUAUUUUUUUUUUAUCCUGUGUAGAAAAAUUCGACCAUAAAUUUUGCUUAGAUAUAAACACGCGGCAUCAUUUCUGAAAAGGAAUGUUGUCCAGAUGGUACUUUUGGGAGGUUAUUUUUGAUUUUUUAAGCGGUUUAUCUGAGAAAAACCCGUAUAGAACGUAAAGAAACGUAAGAAAAACGGGAAAUGCACGAAAUUAAUGCUUUUAUUAUUUUAUCAAUUUUGUUAUUUUUUAUAAUUCUGUUAAAAAUAUUUGUAAAGAUUUAAAAUUUGGACAAAAAACUUAUGUUUGUCUUUUCUAGAAGUAAUCAAAUUUUCAAAUAAAUUAGGCCAUUUUUAAGCUAUUUAUAGACAUUUUAAUUUUGUGAGUUUUGUACGUAAUUUUUAUUUCGUAGGUAUUCAGUGGUAAAAUUGUUAGACUUAACAGAAAUGCUUGAAAAUUGAACAGGAGGUUCAUUUAAUCUUAUUUUGUGGCAAAAAAAAAAAAAAUAUUGAGUUUAAUGUAGUAUUUUUUUUUUAUGAAGGAAUCUUGGUUUUACAUUUUGACGAAAAUUGAAUAAAAAAUUAUGUAGAACAAAUCUAAUUUUUCAAUUUUUUUUUUUUCGAACACAUGUGUAUUUAUCCAAUUUAAUAAGAAUAGUAAAGCUUUUUAAAGUUCAGAUAUUAUGUAGAUAUUACAUGUUUUUGUUAAAUAACUCUAUAUUGUCUGCUUACUAUAUGUUUGUUGUAGACGAAUGGUCAUAAUUACGUAUUCUUAUGUUAAGGAUCGCGGAUUCAAACCCGGAUUUUGAAAAGAAAUUGCUUACACUUUUUUUCCCUUUUACCUAAAUAGGGAAGAAACAAAUGUAUUUUAAGUGUACCUAGAGACCAAGCUAUCGCUAGCUCGGACGAUUUUAAUCGAAAAAUACCCCUCGAUUUGUUGUGCAAACUUUUCUACUAGGAAUCUUGUUACCAUGUAUCAAGUAUAGCUUAUAUCCUUAAAGGAAAUUUUAUCUCCAUGGUUUAGGGAGGUAAUUUUGUGAUUUUUCAAUCGGUUUUCAUAAUAACUGGGAAAAACCGGGAUAAAAUAUCGUAAAAACGGAAAAUGCACUAAAUGUAAGUAUUAAUAAAUAAAAAAAAAAUUAUAGCCUUUUGUUUCUGUGUACAACUUUUUUACCAGCAAUUUUGAUUCGAUUUACGAUGAUAGCAUUUUUUCUGAAAGUAAAUCUUACUUACUUAAAGGUACUUUAGGGUGGUAAUUUUUUGGUUUUUCAAGAGUAAAUGUGAUAAUCCAGGAAAAAACAUGUGAAAAACGGGAAAAUCGAUACAAUAUUAUAUAAAUAUUAUUAAAGAAAAUAUAUAAUGCCUAUUUAAUUAUUUACCAUAAUAUGACAUAUAUAUUGUUGACAAAGUAUCACUGAACUGCGCUCAGAAUUUUUUUUUCGUUAGCAAUGGUGUAUCGUUUCUUACUGAUAUACAUUAAAUUACCUAUAACAGUGACUGCACCCGUCUUCAUUUUUCUAGGACACUUUUUUUAUUUGUAUAUUUUACAACACUUAGAACCAAUUAUGCACUUAUAUACAUAUAUUUAUUAUUUUAUAGUUUUAUUAUAAAAAUAAUAAUAAUAAAUUGAUGACCAUACUAUAUAAUUAUAUUUAUGGAUUAUAUUUCAUUUCCUAAUUAUUUUAUCUAUAGAUUUUCGUUAGGCUUAUUUAUUUAUUUAUUUAUUACUAAUAACUACAACAAUAUAAAAAAGAUACAGACAUGUUUCGCACAAUGGGUGGGCUUACUGUUGUGAGUGAAAAGUUAAGAAGGUAAAAUGAAAUUGAAUGUUUAUCUGUACAUAAUGGUUAAUUAUUUUUAAUGAAAACAAUUCUGAACAGAUUUAGUUAAUAUAUGUUUUGAAAUGCCGUAAUAUUUAUGAUUUUAAAAUAAUAAAUUUCGUACAUUUUCUCAUUUUUCCUUUUUAUUAUGAAAAUCACUUAGAAAAUCAAAAUAAAACCUUCUUCAAUUACUAUCACAGUCAAAUUUACGUUCAGAAAAAGUGCUAUACUUAAAUAAUUGAGCAAAAUGUUUAAUAUAAAAGUUAUCACAGAAAAAACAAACAUUAAUUGAUACAAUUCAAAUUACAUACAAUAUUAGAAGGUUGGUCUACUCACGAUCACCUAUGGCUGUGUUGCUAGUAGGGUUCAAGACAGAACAACAAAUAUACUAAAAUAAUUGCACAUAAAUAUGGAUAAAACUAAAUUAACAUUGUUAAUUAUUAAUUACCAACUUAAUGUUUUUUCAAGCAUUAAAUAAGAAUUAUCCUUGUGUUAUCUAUUUUAAACUAAUUUUAUCUAUUUAACAUUGUAAUAAUAAUCUCAUUGAUUUGAUGAUAUGAUUUUGUUAAUUAGAGAGAAUUUUCAUCUUAUAUUUAAUGUAAUUAAAUUAGAUAACGGGAAUACGUUUAUUUGUUGAAUAUAAUAUACAUUUUUAAAGCUUUGUUAAUUUACACAGUGCUCUGUGUGCUCAAUAAUUUAUAUUACUUACUUUAAUUCAAUGAUCUAUCUCAAUGUUUCUAGUAUUAACUAUUUAAAAACAAAUAAGGUUUUUUAGGAAAUUGCCUUUUUUAAUGUCUUAUAAAAAUAAUUACUGCAUUAUGCGAAAUAUUAGAGACUUGGAAAAAAACUUAUUUGUAAGGAAAACCAGCAUAAAUUUGUUAUCAAAGGGUGAACAAUUUUUUGUAGGUACAGUUUUGAAAGUUGUAUCAUGGUAUAUCAAUUUUAAAUUGAUUAUAUUAUUUCUAUAUUAGUUAUAAACAGAGCAUAUUAAUUAUUUUAGAUUAUAAAAGUCAUGCAAGUUAUCAUGCAGUUAUUUAUGAUUAUAUUAAUUUAAAAUAUUUAUAUUAUUUAUACAUUUUUUGUUUCACAUUUUAGGCAAAGACAUUCGAAGCAUUUUCAGAAUGGAUGAAAGAAAUAAAGCAGCAUCGACUUUAUCGUCAACAUGUUUUAACUUUUGGCCUAACAAAACAAACACAAUCAUCUUUACAAAAAAAAACAUCUUGUAAGUGUAUUAGAAUAUUAUUAAGUUGUUAUAGAAUGGCUGAAUUGUUACAAAAAGUACAUUAUUAAUGUGUAUGAAUAAAUAUUAACAUUAUGCACUAGUAUUUUUUUUAUUAAAUUUGAUGUGUUUAAAAUAAUUUACUUUUUUUAUGGGGCCCAAUAUUUGUAAUUAAAAACUUUAGUCUUAAAAAUACAAUAUUACCAUUGAUUAAAUAAUAUGUUAUAUUUUAUUCCCUUUGUCACUUAAGAAGCAAUUGAACAAACAAACAAAAAUACCUUUAAGCAUAAUUAUAAUUUCACAUGUCAACAUUCAUAAUAUAUAUUCAUGUUUUAGAUUGGUAUCAAAUAAUAGUAUUUGUAAUUUAAAACAAUAUACAUAUAUUUUUUAUUAUUUCACCUCCUAAAAUAUUUAUUAUAGAUCUACAUAGGCAGUGUUAACAACAUAUAAUGCUAUUUAAUUAUGGUGGACACUGUAUUAUCAUAUUAUAAUACAAAUUAGUUGUUUUAUAAUUAUGUAAAACUUCAAAAUUUAACAUUAUCAGUGAUAGGAGUCUUAAUAAUAGGGGAGAGGAAGCUCUGUAUUCCAUGUCCCCUCAUUAAAUAAUUCACUGAGUGGCACAAUGGUACUAGAUAACCUAUAUAUCAUAUAAAGCUUUAGAAGAACAAAACAUCUCUGGAGGUUAGAACAAAUUUCAGUAUUUUAAAUAUUUUAUUCUAAACAUAUUUAAUGUAUCUUUUUCUCCUUCGCCUUUAUCCAAACUAUUGGAUCAGCUAAGUUCUGUAAAAUUUAUUUUUGUUUUAAUUGAUAAUUUUGAAUAUAUUUAUUUUUUCAGUAAUGUCUCCUGUAGAAUCAAUUAAACAUUGUACUCCAAAUUCACGUUUAAAUGGUUGGUGUUCACAGUUGGAUCCAGCAACUUCAGAACUUAAGCAAGUUGAACAAAGUUUGAAGUCUUUAAACCGUAUACUUGAUCAAUUAGAAUCAGUUGAUAAUGAUGUAAAUAUUUUUCAUUAUUUUAUUAAUUUCUUUAGUUACUUCUAAGUUUUAAGAAUAAUAUUUAUUUUUUUUUAUAGGCUGGUGUUCUAGAUGGAAUUCCAGUGACAAAAAAAAGCACGAGGUUUCGUUUGCGUAAAAAAAAAAGCGGUGGUGGUAGUUGGGGUGGUACAAUUGCUGGAUGGGGUAUUGAUAUGAACCAAGCAAUCAGUCAAUCAACUAAUAAAACCUCUGUUGAUGUUACAGACACAUCUAGUUUUGUAAAUAAAACAAUUAAUAAAUUUAUUGGGGUGGAAUGAAGCAAAUCCUCUCUUUUCCCCAGGUUUAAACUUCAAUUUAUUAAAACUAUCGUCUCCCAAAACAAUGAACUAAUUUUAAUGAAACUUAAAAUAUAUUAUUGUGAUAGCCUAAAGGGAUCCAAUUUGAAUAGUUUUCCUUCAUUAAUUACAACUAAUUGUAUAUUAAUUCGCUUAAAAUGUAUAAUAAGUGAUUGAAUAUAAGAAACUUGAAUGAAAUUAUUUAAAUCAAAAUUUCCUGUGUAAAAUUUUAAUCUUAAGUAUUACUUUUGUAUAAUCAUGAAAUUAAUUAAAUUAUUGCCUAAUAAGCGUAUGAGCAAGAACAACUUUUGCUAAUGUAAUGUUUUUAUUUUAUAUAAUGAUACACUAAAAAGUUAUAUUUCGGUUAGUAAAUAUCAUAAUUUGAUUUUCUUAUUGCUGUUUAUUAAUUAUGAAUAGUUUAUUUAUGCCUAUUGAAAGACUGCUUAAUAAAUAAAAUUAAUUUAAUUAUGGGAAAACCAUUCAUUAGAUGACAAAAACAUAAAUGUUUUUUGUAUUUACAAGCUUUAAAGUUAUUGUUUGUUUGAAAAAUAAUUUCACUCCGCCUCAUUUUUGUCAGUUGACAUACAUAUUAUUUUUAGUCUAAUAUUUUUUUUUUUUUUUGUCAUAGCAAACUGGAAUAGCUACUCAGAAUUUAUCAAACAGUAAUCCAUCAUUAACUGUUAAUCCAUCAGCUAGUGAUCUUCAACUCUAUACAGAUUUUGUUAUUUUAGCAAAAGAUAGUAAGUGUUAUAAAUUUGUAUUUUGUUGUAUAACUUAAUUAUUUAAUAUUCAUAUGUUUUUAGUUCAAAAUAGCUUUAAAUUAAUUAUGGAAACAAUAAACGAAGAACGUAAUCAUAUAUUUGUCGGAGAAACAAGUGAUGAUAAAAUAUCUAAUUAUCGAGUUGCUCUAAAUAAAGCUGUUCAACAAAAUAGCGAACUUCGUGCUAAAUUAAAUAAUAUUCAUAUUACUUCGGACACAUCAAAUUUUUCAGAUCCUGUAAGCAUUUUUUAUUAUACAUUUAAAUAAGUUUAAUAAAAUAUUGUUUCAUUAUAUUUAGGUUUUAAGUUCAUCAUUAUCAUAUAGUUCUGGUGUAAGUGGUUCAGAAGUAUUUUUUGAUGCAGAAGAAUAUCAAUGUGGUAAAAUUAAUGAAACUGUAACAAAUGAAUUAGUUUCUGGUGAGGUAGUUGCUCAAACUUCAGAUACAUCUUCUGAAGCUGGAUCUCUGUCAUCUGAAGAUGGAUCUAUAUCUUCUGAAAAUAGUGAUGGAGCAACAUCUGAAUACAAUAAUCCUCAAGGGUGUAAGUACAUAAAAUGUAUUAUUUAUCUUUAUAUUAAUAUAUAUAUUUUAUAUUUAAAAGUAACACAAUUAGUUUAGUUACCAAAUAGACUAAAUUUUUAUAAUCCAUUAUAGUAUUUCUUCUAGAUAAAUAAAUGGUUAGAUUAUAGUGAUUAGUCAUAUUAGGGAAAAUAACACUAUUUAAAUAAUUAAUAUUUUUUGAUUCUGAGUGGAGCAAGAAAUGUACUUAUUGGUUUUACAAUGUUUUAAUUUUUUAUGUGAACAAAUUAAAAAAGUUGUUUUGAAAUUUUGCUUUGAUUUUCAAAUUCAGUGCCUUUUCUGAAAGAAAAUUUUUGAAAUGUAUUAAUUUCAAAUCGUAAAUAUUAUGGCCUUUCAAAAUAUGUGUAACCGAACUCGUUUUUCGUUAGCAAAAAUACCUUUAGGUAUCAUUUUGGUAACCUAUCACCAUAGAUAAAAAACAAACAGAAAAAUAAUACCUCACUUUUUGAAGCACUCUUGGAAUAAUGAUAAAGUAAGAAUAGAUAAUUCAUAUCUAUGUACACUUAUAUUACAUAUUCUGUAAUUUGUAUAGCUAUUUAAAAUAUUGAAGUAAUAGGUGUAUAGAUAAACAUUUUUGGGCUCUUGUAAAUGUUGAACAAUUUAAUAUUAAAUUCAUUAUAAUUUAUGAGUAACUUGUAGAAAAAAAAAACUGAUACUGGAAACAGGUGCAGCUACUGAGAAAAAUACUGGAGACGGGUGUACUGUGUGCCAUUGUUGUAGAUGGGUAAUAAGGAAGGCGGGAUACAUUGAGUUAUUUAAUUUAUUCCAGUAACCAACAAUAAACCAUUGAUAACGAAAAACAAUUCUGAGCGAAGUUCGGUUAUACAUGUUUUGAAAGGCAGAAAUAUUUACGAUUUUUGUCGAAAUUUGAUUUUAAAACAAUUGUAAAAAAAAAAAAAAACUUCAUUAAACUAAAUUUUUUUUUAUCACCAAUUACGACUUAUAAUGAACCUCCUAUCAAAUUAUCAAGCAUUUCUGUUAAAAGUUAAUAAUUUGUCUACAGUCAACAUAAAAAAUCGCAGUAAUUCGUUUUUGCUAAUUAUUAUGUAAAAUCCUUUAGAUAUUAAAAAAUUACUUAUUCUAUCUAUGGCUAUGUGUUAAGAGUAACAAAAUCAAAUUUUCAUUUUUCGAUUGAAGUAUUAUUUCUGGUAGAAAACUUAAGGGGAGGGGAAGAUUUUUAAAAUCCACGUAGGACACGCAUUUAUGAUUUAUGACGAGUUCAAUAUUAAAUUAAGGUAAAAAUAUAUUGGAGAAUGAACAGGCGGUACGAUCGCAUUAUCUCACCCUGCCAUAAUCGAACUAAAAUCCUGUGUACGCUACUGGUUGUAAACAAUUUGCUCUUUGGGUUACCGUACGGGUUUGUCAAAUAAACACCGGAUAAUCGCGACUGAAGACUGUACUAUAAGUUGUAAAUAAAAUAAAAUUGUAAUCUCGGACGGGGCCCGGACGAGUGUGAAUAGCUGAUCUGAGUCAACCCUGACGUGUUUCGUGUCACGGACCCGGCCUGGACCAGUGGGACCUAUUUAGUCGUACUUUACGUCAAUAUAAUCCCUAAAUCGUCCAUAAUAUGGACGACAGGUUUUGAAAAUAUCAUAGGGGGUCACUAUUUUAUAAACACAUGUAGUUAUAAUGACUUAGUUAAUAGUUAAUAGUUUUAUCUUAAUCUCACCAUAUGUUUCCUAUUUUUAUUUUCCUUAAAUUGUUUAUUAAACAAUUACUAAAAUAUAUUUAUAUGUUAUUUUGUAUGUUAUAGCAUUUUAAUAGUAUUAGCAUCAUGAAAAAUCACAAGACAAAAAUGUUAAAUUGCCAUUUUAUUUUUGAAAGUUAUACGUUUUUACAUAGACAAUGUAUUUUCCAAACCGUUAUCAAUACGUUGGUAUACGUUCAUAUACCAACAUACCGUUAAUCAGAUACCAGUUAACCGAGAAUUUGGUUGAUUACUGAAUUCUACACUUUUUCUUUGCUAUCAAGUAUUAAAUAAUCAAUUGUUGUAAAUAAAGUUAGUAUUUUGAGGAUGUACAUGACAAAUAUUGAUUUUUUUAUAAUAUGACAACUGUGGGUGGCUGAGCUGCGCCUUAUAAAGUCCAUGGGGAGCUAUACACCCGAACAUUAAUAAUUGUUUUAAAUAGUUCACAGUAAAAUAUCUAGCUAUGAUUAUUGUAAAUUCGUAUUUUGACGAUAAGAAUAGAUAUUUAUUUGAGCAUUUAAUAGUUAACAAAACUGCAUAAAACACUAAAUAAUUGGUUAAAAUAUAAUUAUUAAGUUAUUAAAUUAUCUACUUUAAGUUCUGACUCCAGAGACACUAUAACAAUUAUAAACAAUAAAUACUUACUUAUAAUCUAAUACUUAUCCCUUCAGAAUUUUUUUUUCGUUAGAAAUGGUGUAUUAUUGCUUACAAAUAUAUAUUAUAUUACCUAUAACAGUGACUCCAUUAUUCUAGAACGUCGUUUUUACUUUUGAAAUUGUGUAGAACAUUAUCGUAAACAGACCAACACCCUGUACUACCUGGGACCAAAAUUUGUUUUUCUUAUUCAAUCCCGUUUUACUUUUUUACUCUAUGAUUUUACGUGACGAUGAAUUUUUAAUUUGAAAUCGGUCAUAUUAUACACAUAUAAUACUCUUCAUAUCAUAAUUAAUUAAUUAAUAUAUUUUUUUAAGAGUAUUAACCAUUAAAUAAUUUUGUUUUUUCUUUAUUAUUUUAUUAAAUAUUUUUGUAUUUCACGAAUUAUGAAAUAUCAGUUUCUUAUUCAUGAAAAGAUCAAUUUCACGAAGUGGUUAUUACAUAUUUACUGAAUUAUUUGUAUAUGAUUUAUUAUGAUAUUCGUUUAUUAUACACACAUGAUUGUAAAUUGGAUUGGCGAAAAGAUUAUAGUUAAUUAGUGUGUGCAAGAAAUUACUUUUGUACGUGUCCCAGCCUUAGUUGAUGUUUAGCGAAUGAAUGAAUGAAUGAAUGCUAAAUAGGUACAUCAUAUUUCAAGAAGGUGUGUGAGUACAACUUAUAAAUAACGUCCCGUUAAAUUUUCAAGCAUUUCUGUUUAUAUCUACAUAUAGAUAGUAGGCACCUACCAAAUGAAAACUAUGUAAAGAAAACUAGCAAUCAUAAAAUGUCUAUAGCUCAAAAAUUGCCAAAAUAUUUUGAAAAUGUUACCACGUUUAGAAAAGGUAAAUAUAGGUAAAGUUUCUGUUAAAAUGUCAAAUCUCUACGAAUAUUUUUAACCGAAUUACAAAAUAAAAAAAAAAAAAAAUUGAAAACAAUGAAAUCAUUUUUUUCUGUAUUUUCCUGUUUUUUAUAAGUUUUUUCACAGUUUUGCUCAAUAAUGAACGAAACUACACUGAAAACCAAAAAAACAAUUUUCAUGUCAUCAAGUAAAUACAAAAAACUGUUAAAAUACAAAACACAAAAAAAGGUGUUUGUAGUUUUGCGAUUGGUGCAAUAUUUCUGAUAAAAAACAUAAACCGUUACUACAAAUUUAAAAUUAUAAAAUCAAUAACACCGCUUUACUCCAUAAAUAUUUGUUCACUUUUCCGAUAUUUUUUUUAUAUAAAACCACUUGGAAAAUCAAAAAAAUGAUGUCUCCAAUGCACCAACUAGAUCCAUAAUGCUACAAAAAGAUCUCUUGUUAUUUUUCAAUUGGAAAAAAAUAAUCAUAAUAAUAAUAAUAAUAAACAGUAAAACCAAUAUAUCCCAUGCUACUCUUCAAAUCUAAAAAUGUAUAUACCUAUAUCCUACACGUGUCGCUGUAUUUUAUUUAUGUAAUUGUUAUUAGUUUGGCAAUUUGUCAAAUAAUAUUUCCCGCGUUCAAUAGUGGCUACCCUGCUAAAGUUUACACACUGCAAAAAGUUCAGACAGAACUAUAUUUCUCCCCUUAUGUUCGUAAAAUCAAUGUAUUCGUCAGAACUCAGAAGUAAUCACUCUUUCUUAUUUUACAAAAUGAUGUUUGAUAAGACAUUUUUAUUCAAAACAAUUUAGUAUAAAUUAUAAUAUCAAUAUUAAAUGUUUAUGAUGGAAGAUGGGUAAAUAUUUUCGCGUAAGUUAAGUUUAUCAUUAAAAACUUUGUAGUAAAAAAAUUAAAAAAAAGUUUUAACUUUCCUGUUUUAGUUAUUAUAAGACAAAUUAUUGUUUUUUCUUAUAGUAGUUUGUGGAGGAUCUGGUGAUAUUAGGAAUAUGACAGGACGGCGAACUAAGUUACCUUGCCCAAAACCCGAUACAGAAGGUUUAUCUUUAUGGAAUCUCUUAUGCAAAAAUAUUGGUAAAGAUCUUUCCCAAGUCUCCAUGCCAGUGGCACUUAAUGAACCUCUUAACAUGUUACAGGUAAAUAUUUUAAUUUAUUUUAAGUAGAUUAUUUUUUUAAACUAAAAUUAUAUCUAAUUAGAUAAUUCCUUUAAUUAUAUUCAUUAGUUAAUUAAAACUGUAAAUUAUUUUAAAUAUAAAAAGUAUUAAAUUCAAAUUAUUCUAUACUUAGUUGUUGAUAGGUGUUUUUAAAAAAAUUUAUAAUUAUGGCAGAUUUUUCAACUCUAAAAAACUAUGGACGUACGGUUUAUUAUUUAUCAAAUAAUUUCAAAAAACAAAAACUAAAAUAUAUAAGUAUUAAAUAUUAAAGAAUAAAUUGAAAAAAUAUAAUUUAAAUUUUGUUUGAUUAUAUAACUCAUAUUUUUUUUUUUAUUUACACUAUAAAUAUUGUAUAAUUAUGUGUGGUUGGUAAACCACACAUCGGUAACUAUGUUAUAAAUAUGCAUGUCGAUAGUUAAAGGUUAAUAUAAAAGCACUUAUGUACUUAAAGCCGUGAAAUGUGCACUAAAAUAUGCUCUAAAAAUAUGUUUAGUGAUAUUGGUAAUUAAAAUAUUAAUUAAAAAACAUACAUAAAGCAAAUAUCACAUUAAAUAAAAAAAAUUUUUAUCUUAAUGCACUUUUUACUUUUACUUUUUAUUAAUUUAACUAACUAGACAUUAGUAAAUUUACUUUAAUUGAUUUAUAAAUUAAAUAAUAUUAAUAAAAUAAUUAAUUAAAUAAUUUAUAAAUUUUAAUUUGGCAAUUAUUUUUCUAGCAAUAUAUUUUGUGAUAGUCAUUUUGACAAGUGUUAUUUUUGAGAAAUUUUGAAAUUAUUAUUAAACAAAAAUAAUUAUCAGCAAUCUAAUGAUUGCGUAAUCCGAAACUAAGUAGUUGCGAGAAUAAGACUUAUUAACACUUAUGUCAAUAUAUUUUUUAAACAAAUAUUUUUAUAUAUAAUUAAAUAAAAGUGUCAAAAAAUCUCAAAUACAUGAAAAUAGUUGUCAAAAGUAUAGAAAACAUGAAAAUGUCUCAAAAAUAAAAAACUACAUAUUCAAUAUCAAGUUAUAUAUUUGACUUUGCCGUAAUAUGGAACAUAUUUACUUCCAGUUAUAAUUUUUUUACUACAUUAAAUAAAUAUGAAGACACUAGAAGUCCAAUGGUCUAUUUAUAAUCUUUAAGAUUUAACAAAUUAUAUUAUAAAAGAUAAUAUUUAAAAAUCUCAAAGAUUUUAGAAUCAUUUACAAUUUAAUGAAAUAAAUAAUUUUUAAUAAAAAAAAAAUGUAUACAUUUUGUCCAUAAAUUAAAAAUUUAGGUUUUUAUGUCUAGCGUAUGUGUGAAGAACUGGAAUAUAGUGAACUUUUGGACAAAGCAUCAGAACAGUCUGAUGUCUAUGAGCGCAUGGUAUAUGUAGCUGCAUUUGCAGUAUCUAGUUAUGGAUCCAGUUAUUAUCGGGCUGGUUCAAAACCAUUUAAUCCACUUUUGGGUGAGACCUAUGAAUGUAUAAGAGAUGAUAAAGGAUUCAAAUUUAUUGCAGAACAAGUAAUGGCAAUUAAUUAAAACAUUUAUUAAAUUUUUAAUUAUUUGUGUACACUUUUAAUUUUUAUUGUAUUUAUACUUUAGGUUAGUCAUCAUCCACCAGUUAGUGUUUGUCAUGCUGAAUCAAAAAAUUUUAUAUUUUGGCAAGAUGUUAGAAUUAAAACAAAAUUUUGGGGGAAAUCUAUGGAGUUUCAACCAACAGGUUUGUUUAAAGUAAUAUAAAAAUGGCAUAUUUUUGAUUUGUGAAUAUUAUUUUACUUUUUAGGGUAUGUAAAUGUACAAUUACUAUGUGAAGAUAGCAAAGAUCAUUACAGAUGGAAUAAGGUCACAACUUGUGUUCAUAACUUAUUUGGUGGUCAAAGGUCAGUAGACCAAUAUGGUGAACUGAAAAUUACUAAUUUGGAUAAAAAUAUCACUUGUAAAUUAACAUUUGUGAAGGUUAGUUGAAUUCAAUAUUUUAAAUUUUAUGUAUUUUAACUAAAUAGGUAUUUUUGAAAUUGGGUGUAUAACUUUUGUUAUGGAAAUAAAUGAUACAGGGUAGCUUUUGUUCAAAAUAUGAAUUGAAGUAGACUUUGAUUUAUUUUCAUUAUCAUAUUCUAAAUAUACAGAAAAAGUUAUUAGUUUCACAAAAAUAUUUUAUUUUUUCCUUGGGAAACCCUUUUUGGUGAGUAUUAAUGCAAUAUUAAAAUAUGAGAAUUUGCUGGGCAGAUAUAAGUACUUUAUUUUAAACAUUUAUCAACAUUUUUAAUUGUUCAAUCUAAAAGAUUCCUAGCGUUACUUGGCAAUAAAUAUCACCCUAAUACUAUGCUCAGAAAUAAAACAUUGUCUAUAAAUUGGAUUUAUUAAUUCGAUAUUUAAUCUAUGACCAAAAUCAGGGCGAUGUUUUUUAAAUAUUUAUUCUAAAAUGAAUUACUUUGUAGAAAAAUUUAUUUAAUAAAAUUAUUUGUUAAGUAGGGGUAAAAAUUGGGUAAAAUGGGAUUUACAUAAGUGAAAAAUGUACUAUACUAUACACAAGAUAAUAAUAGAAUGUCAUUUAAUAAAUUAGCAUUUAAAUACUAGUAUUAAUUCAUAACAAAAUGUGUCAGUAGUGCGAAAAAUUGUAAUUUAGUUUAAAAUUACAAAUAGUACAAUUUUUAAAUUAGAAUUAUCAAAAACUUUUAAUUGAACUUCAUAUUACAUAUUACCUAAUUUAUCCUCAUAAUGAGUGUCUAUUUAUUAUGAACUAGCUACUUUCUCAAAGGAUUUUAAGGGAAUUUAAUUUAAUUUUUUUUUUUAAUCAUUAUAAAAUUAUUUUAUUCUAUUACCAACCAUUUAGACCUUAUACCUUCAAUGACCAUACAGUUUUGAUUUUCAAAUAGCUAGCCUCCUCUUUCCCCUUUUAAAUACAGAUUUAAAUAGAGAAGAUUUUAGAUAUGCAUAACAUUAUAUCAAAAUACUGUUCAUGAUUUAUACAAUUUUAAAAUUUAGACCAGUGAAGUAUGGAAAAAUUAAAAACUAUAUCCAUUUUUAUAUGCUAAAUUGAUAUCCCUAUAUAUCAUAUUUUUUCAACUUUUUUUUGUACUCUUUAAAUUUAUAUUAUUUAAUUGAGCUUUAUCUUCUAUUUUUUUUUUUUUUUUUGGAAUAUUUAGGCUAGUUAUUUUUCUGCCAAACGCCAUGAAAUACAUGGUGUUGUAGUUGAUGAAAACGAAGGAAAAGUUGUACGAAAACUAUUUGGUAAAUGGAAUGAAGCUUUAUAUUAUGGAGUUGCCCCUUCUGCAAAAUGUAUAUGGAGACCAGGUAUAGUACAUAAUAUGACAAUUAACAAUAAAUUGUAGUUUUAGUUUUUAAUUUUUAGUAAAAUUGUAUGAGCUAAUUUAUAGGUACAAUGCCUGAGGACUAUGAGUUAUAUUAUGGCUUUACACGAUUCGCAAUGGAAUUAAAUGAGCUUGACUUAGAAACAGCCAAGAUUUUACCAAAAACUGAUACAAGAUUUAGACCAGAUCAAAGGUAUUUUUAUACUAUAUUUAACAUAUUAUUAUUAUUAUUAUGAUUAUGUUAUAUUAUAUUAUUAUUAUGUAUAUAUAUAUAUAUAUAUCUUAAAAUAUGUUUUAUUAAUAAAUAAUAAAUUACUUAAAAUAGGUUAUUAGAAGAAGGGGACUUAAAUCGUGCUGAAUCUAUGAAACUUAAUUUAGAGCAAACCCAACGGGAACGACGUAAACACAAAGAGGAAACUGGAGAACAACAUGAACCUAAAUGGUUUAGAAAAACCGUAAGAAAUGGUAUUGAAACUUGGGAGUAUAAUCAUAUGUAUUGGGAUGCUCGUAAAAAUCCAGGAUUUAAUAAUUAUCAAUUCGAAAAACUUUGGUGAUUGUUACUAUAAAGUGCUAAUUAGUUUUGUCAGUUGGUGAUACGGUAAUUAAAAAAUAUUAGCCUUAUGUUUAAAAAAUCGGGUGAACAAAAUAAUGUGAAUCAAACAGUCUCAAAAUUGAGACCAAUUAGUUAAUCUAGUCAAUAUUUUCAUACUCAUUUAUUUGUAAUUUUCCAUUAAUUAUUUAAUUAUAUUUCUUCCAUUUAAUAAAAUCACUUCAUAAGUAUCAAAGUACUAACUUAAUAUAGUUAUUUUUUGUAUCUAUUUAACUUAUUUUCGAUUUAUUAGAUCAAACACCAAUAAAAAUUUUUGUUAUGAUAAGAUACAUGAAUUAUAUUACAUGAACUGAACCUUGAGUAUUGAAAUAUAAAUAUUUUAGAAUCAUUGACAAUUUAUAGGAUUAGAAGUAUUAAGAAUAAAAGAAACUCUAUUUAUUUGCUUAUUAUUAUUAUUUAAAAAAAAUACUUAUUUAACAUUCUUUUAGGUUGUAUAAAUAUAUAUGUUACUGAAUCUGUUUUGUUUAAUCAAUUUUUACUAAUUAAUUUUGAUCUAAAAGAAAAGUGUUAAAAAUUGUUUUUUAUGCGGUAUAAGUGGAACAUAAUAAUUUUAAAUUAUAAUACUAUUGUUUUGCUAAAAUAUUACUGGUGCUCAGUAAGUAAUAGUUUAGUUAUUAACUCCUAUCAGCUUCAAACAUUGUAUUGUUAGUUAUUCAAAUUUUAUGAAUGUAAGCUUUUAAUGAAUGAAAAAUAUACUGGAUUUAAAUUUAUAAUAAAUAUGAAUACCUUUAUAAUAAUAUUAAAAUAGUAAACAAUAUAUAUAAAUGAUGAAAUACAAAUAAAAUAAAAAAAUAUGAAGGAAAAUGAUAUGGUUUAAAAUAUGAUUAUCAGGUAAUAAUAUUUUUUUAGGCUCAGUUUUUACUUUAUAUUUUUAUUCAUACUUCAUAUUUAUAUUUUUUACAUUUAUUUUUUUUAUGAUACCUUUGAGUAUAAAUCUUAAAAGUAAUUGUUGUUAUUUUUUAAUAAAAAAAAGUACUUGCAUAAAUAAUUUAACAUUCCCAUUAUAUUUUAAAUUUAGAUCAAAUGAAAAUAAAAUAGUUUAUUCCAAUAAAUUAUAUUAAUACAUUUUUGUAAUAACUGCAAAUAUAAUGAAUCAUAUUUAUUGUUUUUUUUUUUUUUAAAAAAAAUUGUUAAUGAAAUAAUUAAAAAUUGAAUAUAUUGUUAUUAUUAUAUUUUAUAGUAAGUAAUUAAUAUUUCAAAUGCUGUAAAAUGUUUUGUUACUUUUAUUGUUCUCCUUGUGUUCAUAACACAUGUACAUUAAUUGUAAUAAUAUACUUUCAAUGUAGUUUUUAUUCUAAUUAUAAUAUAUAUAAAUCAAAAUAUUUAACUGCAUUUUAUAAUGAAGCAAGCUCAAAAGAAAGCAUACAUAUAUUUUUCCAUCUUAGGUAAAUUUAAAUAUUAGUAGAAUAAAAAUAAAAUUUACUAACAUAUUUUUUUUUUUUUUUUACUGGGUUGUUUGAUUAUUAUUAAAUUAUACAUUUUAUAGUAAUAUAUCAUCAUUUAUUUUUAUUUGGUUUGUGUCAUUUCAAAAUUAAUUUAGGUGGUUAUGUAUUAUUACUUAAAUUGUAUUAUUCCAUACAAUAGGAACCAUUUCACUUUUAAAGUUAUAACUAUUAUAGUAAUAUAUUAUGUAUUCUGUGAUAGGUGUGGUACAUUGUACACUACUAAUGUUUUAAAUCAGUUACAUACAACACAGUUACAAAUAUUUAUACAUAUUAAUACUUUACAUUCCCAAUAAAUAUCUAUUUAUUAAUGUUAUUUAAUGAAUCGUAAAAGUUAAACAUAAAUUAUUAUUUUAUACAUGUUCAUAUUAUAUUAUUAGUUAUUAAUUAUUAUCUUUGUCAUAUAAAUUUUGUUAUUAGUUUAACCCACGAUUAUAUUUGUGGUCUAACCUAAACUAAAAUAUUGUUUAGUUUUAAGUAUGGAAAGGUGCAGUUAUCUCACUAAUACAAGCUACUCAAAUUAGUAAUAUUAUAACAAUGUUAUGAUAUAUGUUUAUUUAAAUUUAUAUAACAUAAUACUAUUUAUGACAUUUGUGUAUGUAGGUUGUGGUAUGUUUUGCUUAAAAAAAAACUGUGAUUUUUAUAGGUGUUUUGUUUUUUAAUGUUUAUAUAAUUGAUACAUUUAGGAAUUAUUUAAAGUAUACAUACCUUAUUAACACCAAAGAAUAUACAUAUGCUCGCAAACAGUUUUGUUAAAAUAUUUAUGUAAAUCAGCAAACAGUUUUUGAGUCUUUAAAUAUUUCAUACCUAUUUCAAUAAAUUAAUGUUGUCUACAUAUUAUAGUAUGUUAUCAAACAAAUACAAUAAAGUUUCUUAAAUUA